UCCGGCUGUUUAGUCCAUUAUAGCUUAGCAACCGAAAAUUUGCAAUGAACAUAAAUCUAUCGGCUGUUGUGGAGAAGUUAAUUGAUAAGUUGAAUCCGCCUGUCAGAGAUGUCAAGACAGGUUCAGUGCUUAUGCUGCACAGUGUAGCCUGUAGGCCUAUUAUAAUCAUUUUUAUAAAGCUUGGAAUUAAAAAAAUGGCUGUAGAUCUAGUGUUAGGAAGCCUGCUGUUCCUGUUGUAUUAAACUAACUAUGUGUGUUCAUCUAUUCCACCCAGAUGAGUGUAGUGAACUUGCCCGUAGUUCUUUAUGGUCUGUAGAUGUGGACUGGAGUGAACAAGCACAGGCCUUACGUGACUCAUAUCGACAAGGGAGUUAGGAGGUUUGCUAACCUAGAGGAACUCAUUCUGACAGGGAACUUGAUCACUCAGGUCUCUACUGCUCAGCUACCUCCUGAAAUUAAGGUGCUUGAGCUGUGCUACAAUCAACUGACUGGAAUCCCUUGUGUUGAAGGUGUGCUGGGUCAGCUGCAGCACCUUGGACUGGCAUUCAACCGUAUCUCUCAUCUCGAACUGACCCCCUCCCACUGGCCUUUGUUGCUGUCCCUGGAUCUGAGCCACAAUCACCUGUGUGACUUGUAUGGCACUACUGCAACCCUGCAGGGUAUGAGGUCACUGAGGAGCUUAAUGCUGACUGGCAACCCAAUCACUUUUGCUCAAUGCUAUAAGAAAUUCACAGUUGAUUGUCUGCGGCAGUUAAUAAGUUUAGAUGGUAUCAACGUCACAUCAAGCAUGAAAGAGGAAGCUUUUGGAAGCCUUGAUGUGUGUGUGAAUCAACAAGAGCUGAUAUCAACGUGCAAGUUAACUCUGAACGUAUCUGAAGUGAGCAAUCUACCACAGCUUCAAACCAAGGAAAGUUGUGAUCAGGAAGAUAAGAUUGUCCGGUAUCUGUUAGCUGUUCGUUGCGGAUUCCUACGAAAUGGACAGUACGUAUCAUUGCCAGAUGCUAACAAUAAUUUGAAAAAGAUCUUAACUCACUUAUCAAGCAUGGAUAGUGCUGAUCAGAGGCAUGUUUUCUUUGAACCUGCCAUCUACAAAGCUGAUAUUUCUGUUUACUCAAAAAUGAUCCAGACAUUUGAAGUCACUGAUCUAGGAUCUUUGGUAGAUCUACUAGCUGAAGGUGUGAAGGUGUCCGUCUGUUUGACUAAGGUUGUGUAUGGGCGAAUGGAGCAACCCAGUAAAGAGUCUCCUUCUGUUGCUCGAAAGUUCCCUACCAAUGCAAAAGGAAAUAAAUCUGGUCGAACAUCUGCCCAGAGUAGAGCAUCCUCCACUUCUAAGAAACAGGUGGCAGUAAAAGUUGGUAAAGGGAAAGCAAUUCAAGACCAAACAAUGCUACCAGAAGAGAGUUGGGAAUUAAUUGAUAUGACUACUUUCAAGCUUGGUUGCAGUACCUUGGACGUGUCUGCACUGCUUGAGGAAAAAGCGUAUGUUUCUAUUACAUCCUCUCUUUGUCUGGGUGAGGAGGAUCACACCAGAUUGGUUCAGUCAGGGCUCAUACACAGCGGAGAAAAUGAAACCGAUAUUGCAUUAACAAUGAACUUCACUGUGAAACAGUUGUAAGGUCGUAGUUUAUUGUCUUACUGUAGGUAAUUUUAUUUGUGCCAGUAAAUUUUAUUGUAAAACGUGAGCGUG